AUGAACGCUGACGGGAUGAACGGUAGCGAGUCGGACAGCUCGGAUUUCGACGACGGCUCCAGCGUGGGGCACGAGCAGAGGGUCAAGCUAUCGAUCCUGCUGCAGCUGGUCAAGAGCAUGGCCGCCAGCAAGCACCGCAUCGUUGUAAUCGACGAUGCGCAAUUUCUGGACAAGGACAGCUGGACGCUUGCCCUGCAGAUCGCAACCUGCGGGCCCAUGGGGACUCCGUUGCCACUGAUGCUCAUCCUUUCCUUCCGGCCGCUGCGUCACUACGGAGCUAUGUUCGCCCAUAUCUCCCCUGAUUACGAGGCUCUGACCCAGCUGGACCACGUCCACUUCUUGAAGAUAUCGGGGGCCCCGCCGGAGGAGGUGGAGGAGCUCGUGUCGGAGAAGCUGGGCACGAACGUGGUGGACAUCAGCGACUCCCUGUUCGGGCUGAUGGAGGAGCUCUGCACCGGGAACCCGCUCAUGAUCACCGAGCUCGUGUCCCACCUCAAGAUGAUGGAGCCGAAGCAGCUCCGGUACAUGGAGAUCAUGUCCGAGGAGGGGGACCAGGGUGGCUCGCACAAUAACAUCGACGUGCCCGUGCAAGUGUCGCUGACCGAAAGCUUCCGUCUGAGCGGCUCCCUCCUGCCCGAGAAGCUGAACGCUCUCCUGACGUCACAGACGGACCGGCUGAACAGCUGCCAGCUGAUGGCUCUCAAGGUGGCCAGCCUGAUCGGCAAGGAGUUCUCGACUUGGUUCCUGUACGAGGUGUACCCGAUCAAGGGACACAAGGACCGCCUGCUGAGGGAGCUCGGGGAACUGGAGGAGAAAGGCUUCUUGGUUGAGGUCCAGGGGGCCCCGGCAUCAGUUGUGAUCAAGGAGGAGGGGUGGGCCCGACCCUCCAUCGCCGCAGCGCGGGGCAUGUCCCUCGACAGAUCGUCCGGGAGGGUCGGUGACGGCAAGAGCGGCAAGGGCGGCGGUGGCGGAUCGUCGGUGGUGGUGGGAAAGGACUCCUCCCGACACCUGUGGGGGAUCCCUAACGUCGUGUACACGUUCACGCACGGGUUCAUGAGGGAGAUGCUGCAGCUCAAGAUGCUCAAGAGCCAGACCAACCUCCUCAAGACGAGCAUCCAGAAGCUCAAGGAUAGACUCGAGACCCAGAAGAGACACGAGGAGUUCAAGAACGAGACCAUCGACAAAUCCCACAAGCAUAAGGAAGGAACGCUGUCCGUCAUGAAGCACAAGGUCACCAUGUCCCAGGCGGCGACAAACGCGCGCGAGUCCACCCGGAGACGGAAGAACUCUGUGACGUCGAGGGCAAUGCGAAAGGUCAAGCGCCCCGUGCAACAGAAGUGGACGGAGGCUGUGGACUGGAAGAAGCGGAGCUGUAUCCUCACCGGGGAGAGCCUGUCUCUUUUCAGCGACCCCAAGGACACAGAGCCGAGCCAGAUCGUGUACCUGACGGGCGCCACGGCGGAGCCUGAGCUAGGACAGGCUUUCAAGGAGUCGGCGUUCCGCGUGGAGACGAACAAGUGGAAGAAGGGCGACGACCUGGUGGACGGGACGGAGCGGCGGACGUUCACGUUCCUCGCAGAGAGCAAGGACGACAGGGAGCUGUGGCUAUACCAGAUUAGGAACCGCAUCGAGGUCAUCAAGGUGCUCAAUGGCGAAGAGGGGACCAGCAACGCGGACAGGUUGAUGCAAAAGAACUCCGGGAGAUCCAGCCGGUCCAGCAGAUUCCGUAUGACGGACUCUAGCAGUCUCGAAGAAUCUGACGACGAGGUGGACAGCACUCUGGUCGUCAGGGUGGAACAAGCCGAUAACCUCAUCCUGGAAGAGAAUUUCGGCACGGUGUACCCCUACUGCCUCGUCGACCUAGACGGCCAGAGCCAAAAGACCACCGCGGUGCAGAACGCGUCGAUCGACCCGUCGUGGAACCAAGACAUGACCUUCCAGGUGUCGGUCCAGCAGUGGGUCCUAUCCAACCUCAGGGUACAGGUGUGGCACAGAGACCUGUUCCUGACGCACGACUUCCUCGGACACGUGACGAUACCGCUCACGGACGUUGCCGUGCAGAAGUGGGAUGAUGGAUGGGAUGCUGCGCCCCCUGAGCUCAAGUGGUACGACCUGGAAUCCGCGGGGCGAACGAAGCGUGCAACCGGGCGGUUGCUGCUGGGCGUGAGGCUAUUCAUGAACAAACCCACGGCGGAUAGAGCCAGCGCGGUAGGGGGAGUGGAAAAGCUCAAGGCUCUCGCCAAUCAACGCAUGAGCACCAGCAGCGUCUAG